AUGCAGUGUUCCGCUCUGAGGAAGAACGGUUUCGUCGUCAUCAAGGGCCGCCCCUGCAAGAUCGUCGACAUGUCCACCUCCAAGACCGGUAAGCACGGUCACGCCAAGGUCCACCUUGUCGCCAUCGACAUCUUCACUGGCAAGAAGCUUGAAGAACUGUGCCCUUCCACCCACAACAUGGACGUCCCCAACGUCACCCGCCGUGAAUACCAGCUUCUCGACGUUACCGACGAUGGCUUCCUCUCCCUCAUGGACGACAACGGUGGCACCAAGGAUGAUGUCAAGGUUCCCGAUGGUGAAGUUGGUGACAGAAUCAACAAGAUGUUCACUGAUGAGGGCAAGGACUGCAACGUCGUUAUCUUGACCGCCAUGGGUGAGCAGGCUUGCAUGGAAGUCAAGGAGGCUCCCAAAUAA